CAGUUCUGCAACUAACUUCCGCGAAGAAGACAGAGAUCGUUCUGAUUGGUUAAAACAUGUCCAAUAAAUUUGAAGGAGCUUUGCAACUUGUUUUGAAUGAGAGCGGUGUUACAGUGGUCUAAGUCAGUUUUUGAAGUAACCUGAAAACGUCACUUUUGAGAGGCUGAAGGGACGGAAUCUCAGCCCUGUGUCGAAAACAAGAUUGCUCAAUUUUUCAUGUAAAGUCGAAGCAGGCAUUGCACAGUAUGGCGAAUGUGGGGACACGGCAAACGUCCCGUUUUGUGGAGGAGUCCGAUGAAUGCCAGGAAAAUGUCGCACUAGAAGACACUGCUACAGCUGGAAGGCCCAACGUCCAAGUAGGAUGUGUGGAUGACAUUUCUUCUACCAAUCUUAGUGAAGAAAGUAAGCCUUUAUCUGGUACCUGCACUUUUUCAUCCCCUGCACCAAAGGGCAACCGCAGAGAAGUCGAAGCAAAAUCAAAAUUGUGUGGUCUCCAGUCAGCUUUAACGCCAAAUUUAAGAAUCUUAAAUAUAAGCAACAAAUCUCCAUCUGGGAAACCUGUGAAAUAUGGAAUGAGUCCUUGUUUGAACCGUCCCUGUUUUCCAUUAAAUCAGUCCAUAGCUUGUCAGAAACCAGCAACAAGUUCUGGCCUCUCAGAUUUGUCUCCCAGCCAUAUUGGAGGGUCGUUGGGAGACAGGAAUGCUUCUUUGUGCUGGUGGUAUAAUGAAACAAUGCCAGAAGUUUCUCUCCUUGAUGAUACGUGUGAUUCCACAAUGCAGUCUAGUUGGGCACCACCUAGUACAGACCCUAAUGCCAAUGUAGUUAACACUCCUGCUGGGGUAAAUGCUCCUCGAUGCUGGUUGGACGGCAGAUUCUCUCCAGACAUUACACUUCUUGAAGUUACACAGGAUUCAGAGCUUUCACCGGUAGGAAAUAUUUGCUCUGCUGAGACCACGCAAGGUAAUUACUCAAAAAUAAACACCCCUUCUGUAAAAGUUGGUGGAGAAAAUGUGAUGCAGCUCAGGGAACUGGACAUAAAUCGGAGCGAAGAAUUUUCUUUGUCUGCCAAUUCCACGGCCACCAUAACCUCACUGAGUCUACAACAGUCUACCGACGUGUGUGCAGGGGAAAAAGUAGUCAAAGUUUCCGCGGCUCAAGAUGUUUCUAUGGAAAGUGAGAACAGUAGGUCCUCAACAGGACUAAGUGAACAAGACGAGAUGAGUCAAACAUCAACCGAGGACAAGCUUGGCAUCCAUCCUGCUAAUGUUACUCGUGACAUUAGCUCAUCUGACGUGUCUGCUGCAUCACAGUUGUCUACUACAGAUAUGCAGGUCACCACCAGCUCAACAUUUGAACUUCAUGGGGAGCCUGCGGGUGCUGAAAAUGAAAAUCUACCUACAAGCUGCGAUACGGAGAUGACCAGCAAGGUACAGCAACGCAAGUCCGAGAUAGUGGAAUCUGACAGCAACACAUUUACAGUUUCCCAGUCAUCCAUAAAUGGCACCACUAAUGUAAACACAACUACUGACAUGGCCCAGUCGCUCAAUAACAGAGAUGCGGCUAAUGACACUCAAGAGCAGGAUAAUUUGGCUACUAAUAACGCUACUGAAAAUCCCCUCAAUAUUGAUCAAAAUAGCUCUGCUGAUAAGUCAGGCAGUUCAUGUGACGUGAAGAACGGCACAUUUGAUCAGCAUUCUGUUCAAACCUCCCGUGAGAGUAUUGGUUUACAAGAAACUGGCCUCCAGAACAACACUUUUGACAUGAAAUCAUCAUCUAAACGAAACACAAUGACUUUGUCAGAAAUUACAUUGGGUGAUGUACAUCAGGACACUCUGGACAAGUCCUCCCCGUCUAAAGUUUGUAGUACAACCACCAGCUCUAAAGACUGCAAUUCUGAAGUUCAUGCUACUGAACCAACAAAUGCUGAUUGGACAUCUAAGGUCAAGAAAGCUGACCUCCGAGAUAGAACAUUUGAAUCUAGUCUAGUUGUAAAGACAGCUUCUGAAGCUGAGCAUCCCGAGUCUAAUGAUCAACCAGAUCUGCCUUUGACAGACUGUCCUUCUGAUGGGCUGGGCCACCAUAGCAUAAGUAUGAAGAACAGCAAAGAAAACGAUUUCAACUUGGAUGACACCCUCGACAUAAGGAUGGAUUAUCUGGUCACGUCCACGCCAAUGGCUAACUGUAAGAUUAAUAGCUUAUGCAAUGAACAAGACAAUGGCCAAAUUGUCAGAGCACUGAAAAAAAAUGAUUUGUACUGUCCCAGUAAACAUGCUCUUCAGGUGCCAUCAGCCAUUCCAUCAAACAUUGUUUGUGAAAGAAAAACAUUCUUCAGGCAGCCAGCUGCUGCCUCCUCUUUGCCUCCCUUCAAAGCUGCAUCCCACUUGAAACCCAAACCAGCCUCUACAGAAGGCAGAGGACGUGGAUUGGCGCCAUCAGUGACAGGUCUGGCCAUGACACGAUCAAGAACCCUGGCUUUAAAGAAUACUUCUGCUCCUGAUCCAGCCCAGGGGGUCUCAGGAACCGCAAGGUCUUACAGCUUGCGUGCUGCAACAGCAGGAUCCAAGCACCCCCCUUCUGGCCUGCUAAGACCACAGACGACUGGUAUUCCCUCAUGCACCCUCAGCAGUCUGAGACCCCUGUUAACAAGAAGCACCAUACCUGCCUCCUCUACUAAUGACAAAAUCUGUGGUCCUACAGCCAGUAACCCACUGGUGAAGCAUCCCCAGACAAAGAAACACCAGUUGAACAGAUUGGAGUCUUUGCCGACAUCUAAGAGGAAGAAAAUGGACGCAGCAGUUGCGGUCAAGAUUGCUGAAGCCUCUGCCUCUUGUGACGCUGCCGGCAAAGCCAGAGUCCUGAAGCCGCCUGCAACAAUCCAUAGAGUUCUGCUGCCCAAACCCCCAGCUCAUGGAUGUGCAAAAUGCAUUGAGCAAGAAGAAGAAAUAAAGAAUCUAAAAGAAGGUCGUGCAAAAUUAGAAGAAGAAAUACAUAAACUUAAGGAAGAACUAAAGAAGUGCAAACCCUAAAGAGGUUUGUUUUACCGGUUUGUUUUGUUAUAAAUGGAUGUGAAUGUUCGCAAUAAAGUAUUAUUUAACAGUUAA